CAAUGGGCUAAAACUGUUUUUGUUGUUUCCAGAUAAUCCUGAGCUGCACGAUAAAGAAGGACUUCGAGUACAACAAGGUGAUGCCAACUUUUCACCACUGGAAAACCGGCGACAAGAAAUUUGGUCUGACGUUCCAAGCUGCCGCGGACGCGCGAGCCUUUGACAAGGGCGUCCGCACCGCUGUCGAGGACCUUCUGGACGGUUAUGCGGAUACUUCGCCAUUGUCUGCUCUGCAAAAAUGUGCAAAAGAUGUGGGAGACGAUGAUGUUUUUAUGACACUGGACCUGCCACAAGACCCAAAAGAUUCUCGAAGCUCUAGCGACUCAAGCACAAGAGGCUCGGAACAUCUGCACCGAAUUGCCUACAUUGGAAGGGACAAACCUCUGGAACCUCAACCAACACUCCUGGACCACCAUAAAGAGAGCGGCGGUGUGCCCGGCGGGGGCGGAAGCGGAGGCGGCGAGAGCUACCCGUACGUCCAACUGACGGCCGUGCACGAGUACAUCUACCCGGCCGAGGACCCGCAAAAACCGCCACUCGUCAGGCGAGACUCCGGAUCCAGCGUGAAGAAAGGGGGCGCCGCCAUCAUGGAGUUGAACCCGCAACAGCAGCCACCGCUGCCCAUCAAGGGAGCGACGCAUAAAAAGAUCAAGAUUAGAUGCCGCUACUGUCACGAGCUGUACACGGAAGACAAGAACCCGCGCGGUUCGUGCGAGUAUGCUCCGGACCUCGUCAAAUCCUGCAUAAACCGCAUCACUUGCAUCGGAUGCGCCGAGUGCAUCGGGUACCACUGCGCCGCCGACGAAGAGGGGGACUUUGCGCAGCAUCCGUGCGACUGUACGGGCGAGGAGAACUGCACGAGACGGUGGUGCUGCUUGACGUUCCUCUCGCUGUUCGUGCCCUGUCUGUGGCUCUACCCGCCGUUGAAGCUCUGCCAUUGGUGCGGCAUCAAGUGCGGGGUAUGCGGCGGGCGACACGGCAUGUGAUCCUUUGAUUCUAUUUCACGGUAUUAGGUUAAAAGUUGACGAGUAUACUGAGUAAUGUGGUGGUUGUAUCGAAACUAUGGAAUUUAGAUGCGACGUCUUCAAGCGCGACGCGGUUAUUCGGUAGUAUGUGACGUCUAUGCUCGUGCUCUGAUGCUCUAGUAGUGAAGCGAGGAGCCUUUCAAAUCAGAAUGUUUGAAAGAAACAUAUCUAAUCAAAAAUUCAUAUUUAUGGGGACAUAUCAGGAAAAGCGACGCCAAUGCUGUUCGUGUUGUAAAAACGACAGCGAAACUUGACGCUUGAGGUACCAGUGAUGCUUUGUCAGGGUUGCCAUAUUGAGAGAUUUUCCCUCAAAUUUGGGGGAUGUUCCCUCAAAUCUUUUUUUUACUUUCGGAAUUUUUUGGGGAUAUAAUGUUCUGGGGAUAUCACAAGUUUCGCGGAUAGAAAGGAUGUAAAUGCUCGAUGCAAAUAGUUGGAAAUUUUUUAGCCGUUUGUGAAGAGCUGUUGUGAUACUUUCUCAAAAAAAGUCUCCCAAAUAACAAUUAAUGGAAAGGGGUAGGUUUGACUCUUUAUGUCCGAGGAACCUGUGAUUUUCCCCCAGAACAAUAUAUACCCAAAAAAUUCCUUAAAUUUGGGGGAAAAUCCCACAAUAUGGCAACCCUGUCAAAGCACCACUGUUUCUCCAGGCGUCAGGUUUCGGGGUCGUUUUUACAGCACGAAAAGCAUUGCUAUUGUUUCUCCUGGCCACAUGGUACUGCUGUAUGAGUACUCACAUCAGAUACUACAGAGAAAUUGAGUAGCAAUACGUGAGGAAGCUUUAUUACAGCCUUGAAUCCACAUUGUGAAAAUUAUUAGGUCAAUAACAGAGACGCACAAGGUUUGAAUAUCAAUUUAAUGUUUGAUGAACCCUAUUGUGUCUAAAGCUGCAUACACAUAGACUAGGAUGCUCCGGUGUAUAUUUAUUUAUUCCCAAUACUGCUCAAAUAGCUACACACGAAUUCGUCCGCCAUAUCAUACGUUCAUUAAGGGUGGCGAGCACCAGCCUGGAGAUUUAAAAACUAAACUAGUAUGUUGCUGGAAAUAUAUGAAAUUCACGUUGAAAUUGGUUUCGUUUAUGGAUGUAGUAGAACUGUUGCGUCAUUAUUAAGGUAGCACAUCCCUUUUUUUAUAUCUUCUCAACUUCCUGUUUGCAGCGGUAUUCUAAAUCCUUUUCAUCUGUUAAUUUCAUAUUGUGUAUAGAGAUGACUAAAAAACAAUGUUUUCAUUUUUUUGUCCAAAUAUGCAUUUUUGUGCAUUUUAUUGUGUGUUCUUUCUUCAAUCGGAACUUGUUAACAGCUCUGGAAUUGUGUGUGAAUAUUCCUCGUUUAUGAAAAAAUGAAAUUAGUGAUUACUUUUUCUUCGUAAAAUAUUUGCUUUCCUUGAAAACUCAACUUGUUGCGAGACGAGGCUUCAAGAAAAUCAAAUAUUUUUAGAAAAGGAAAAGUGACAAGAAUAAAAGCAAUCACUUUUUUCAUUCUUCCAUAAAAGAGGAAUAUUCACACACAAUUUCAGAGCUGUACUUAUAUUUCUUAACCAGUUCCGAUUGAAGAAAGAAUGAACAAAAAAUGCAUUUUUUACAAAAAAAAAAUAAAACAUUGUCUUUUAGUCAUCUCUCUACACAUCAUGAAAUUAUCAGAUGAAAAGGAUUUAGAAUACUACUGCAAAAGAUAUCUAAAAAAAAGGGGCGUGCCAAUUUUAUACAUUUUUAGCAACAUACUAAUAUAGUUUUGAAUUCUCUUGGAGCUCGCCAUUCUUAAUCUUCUAUUAAACAGUGCAGUGGCAUUUGACAAGAAUUUAAUUGCAAUUAUUAUCUUUUGGUGCGCAUGAUUUGUACAUGUACAGUCUGCGAAAUCCGAGGGUUCACCAUUCUGUCCUUACAAACGGCUAAAAAUUUCUUCAAACUAAACUAAUCUAAAAAUACUUUUCCGGGUCUUGUAGGGAUUGCUUUAGUUAUAAUUUAGAUACUGGCAACCUCAAAAAUAAUUAUUAUUGACCGAGUUUUUAAUCAUUGAAAAUCACAUUUCUAGGGUUUUUCAGAAUGGCCUAUAGCUCAAAAUUGUCCAACUUAGAGUAGUAGGUACUGAGUUCUUGUUUAGAAAAAAAUAUAAUCGGAGGAAAAAUUUGUAAUUCGUUUAAAAAAUUGUCUAAACAAAUUUUAUCUGGAUUACUGGCCCUGUAACCUUUUAGGGCAUGAGUAAUGACGUGAUUUGUAGCUUUAAAAGCAAAUUUGCUGAAAACUUGUUAUUUCGAACUGUCCAAUUCAUGAAUUUCGCCUAUCCAGAGGUUUUUGAACAGUGUUCGUAUGGAAUCAUUAUUUUUCCAUUCAUGAUGUACUUACGGCCGCGUCGCCACUGAAAUCGUCCGCUUUCAAAGAUCGAGAUUUAUAUAUUUAUUCCAGUCAUAGAAGCUUGAAAAGCUAAAAAAAAAGACGAAAGGAAGUAUUGCAAAAUUUUUGUUGAAUGUUCCAUAACAUGAAACCUCUAAUAGUCGAUCCAUAAACGUCAUUUGCAGCUGGUGCUGUAGACUAAUUUGUUAUAUCGGUACAACGGAAUGGAGGAGAUGCGGGUUCGAAUCCCGCCGUGUCCAUUUUUCUUAUAUCUCAACUUGUUGUUUGUUGCGCUCCUCCAAAAAAUCGUUUGCAGGUUACUGUCCUCGCACUGUGGUACCGUGGUGUGUGCCCAUGAGGCGGCGUGGUGCAACAAGAAAGCGACUACAGCUCUGAGAUCUUUCAUUUUACAAAGUCAUGGAUACCGUAGGGUUUUCCUUGUUUUUUUCGUUUUCAGUAGCAUUCAAAAUGUCUGAGGCAGAAACAAUUUGAUCGAUGAUUACAGAGACUACAAAUUGAUCGCGUCGCCACUGAAAUCGGCCGCUUUCAAAGAUCGAAAUUUAUUUAUUUAUUUAUUUAUUUCGCGGUUUUUUAUAUAUUAGAUUGUCACAGACGAACCCAUAGAUAGUAAUACAUUCUCGGAAGGCUAAAACAAAGACUUAAGAAAGUAUUGCAAAACGUUUGUUGAAUUUUCCUUAACAUGAAACCUCUAAUAGUCGAUCCUGAAAGGUGGUUUGUCGCUGGUGCUGUAGACUAAUUUGUUAGGUCGGUUUCACGGAAUGGAGGAGAUGCGGGUUCAAAUCCCGCCGGCGCCCAUUUUUCUUAUAUUUCAAGUUGUUAUUUGCUGCGCUUCUCAAAAAAAUCGUUUACAGGUUACUGUUCUCGCACGGUGGUACCGUGGUGUGUGCCCAUGAGACGGCGUGGUGCAGCGAGAAAGCGAUUGCAGCUCUGAGAUCUUUCAUUUUACAACGUCAUGGAUACCGUAGGGUUUUCUUUAUUUUUGUCGUUUUCAGUAGCAUUUAAAAUGCCAGAGGCAGGAACAAUUUGAUCAAUUAUUACCGAGACUACAGAUUAAUCGCGUCGCCACUGAAAUCGGCCGCUUUCAAAGAUCGAAAUUUAUUUAUUUAUUGCGCGGUUUUUUAUAGAUGUCAGAUUGUGACAAACGAACCCAUAGAUAGUCAUAAAUGCUUGGUAAGCUACAAAAAGAGACGAAGGAAGUAUUGCAAAACGUUUGUUAAAUAUCCAUUAACAUGAAACAAGGCCUUUCGGUAACACGAAACAAAUUUUUAAUAAUGAAAUACAUUAUAAAAAAAUAUUUCUUUUUUGUCAGGACUGACUGUUUCUAGGUUUUCAGAAAGAAUGCAUCUAGUAAGCUUUACCGUUUUGGAGUUAUCAGCGAUGUAAAUGUCUCUAAAAGUGGGUAUACUAAAUGCUUAAAAACUCGGUUAAAAAUUGUAAUUUUUGAGAUUGUAAAUUAUCCAAAUUAAAGAUUAAACCUGCAUGUCCCCGAAAAGUAUUUUGAGAUUAAUUUAUUUUUAAGCGAUUUUUAACCGUAGACCAAAAUUGGCGAGCUUUCGAUUUACGCAGACGACACGUUACUAUUUGUAUUUUAACAAACUACUGACACAUAUAAUAUGAUGUUUCGGCAAACAUUUGUAGCAAUGAAAGUAUUGCAAAACGUUUGUUGAAUGUCGAUUAACAUGAAACAAGGUGUAGCAUUUCGGUAAAACGACACAAAUUUUACUCUUAACGUGUAUGCAGAUAAAUACGUGGCGUCGAUAUUCAAUUCGUAUCAGUCUCACCGCCUGUCAACACUCUUCAUAUUUGUUCCAUAAACAUUGACCCAAUAAUAUUGACAUGAGGAAUGACCUCUCUGUACCUCAGGAAAUAGGGAAGUUAGAAUAGGCAUUUCAAAAGGUAAUAUUGAUGAUUUUUUUUUAUGCUUAAGUACGUCAAGUACGAAAGCUCAUGACCUUAGAGAAAUUAAUUAUUUUCUUUUAACUCCGCGUGUUUACGACAUACUUUCAAAAACAAUGGUUCGCCAAUAGUACGAUUUUGGAAUAUGAAUCCUAUUUUUAUUGAAAUAUUCUUGAUUGUUUCCGUCUUGUUUCAUGUGAUUGUCUGGACCAGAAAACUUUGAUACAAGAAAUUUACUUAAGCAUCUGAGAAACAACUUCAUGAAUACAAAUGGUCCAGAUGUCAUAUUUCACAGUUUUCAAGUUUUGCAAUCCAAGAAAUAUGUUGUACACUCUUUUUUUAUAUUCAGAUACUUUUUGCUUUUCCACAGUACUCGCAUCCAUUUUUUAAAUUGCAUUUAACAUGGUCCAGAGUAAUGAAUAUCUGAAAGCGACUGUGAUCUAAUAGUAAGCAUUUCAUAGAGAUAGAUUUUUGUACGAUUUUCUGCAUUUAAAGGAUACUUUAAACAUAAUACCGUGAAAUAGAUCAAGUGACACCCGCUCAUUUGUGGUUGUGAACGCAGAAUGAAAAAAAUGGACAGAAAAGUUUAGGCGCUGACCUAAACAUUAAUCGAAAGACUGUUUCUUUGUUGAUUUUUUAAAUUAUAAAAUCGCUAUUGUGAAUACAAAAUUUUAAUCUUGUUUAUUUAAUUUAUAAAGAACGAUUCAGGGCGAGAUGUACAUGUUGUGUCGAAGAUCGAGUUCUGAAUCGAGAAGAUUUAAUAUUGUUGAUGUGUUCCAUUCUAACGCUUUACACAAUAUGAUCCACAGAACAGACGGACUUGGUAAUUUUGGAAAAGCGAUAGUUAUGUGCAUUUAACCUGAAAGAAAAGUGAUGAUCUAAUAUUUUUUCACAACUGCGUUACUCUACUAAUGUCACCAAAUGUUACCAAACUAGUUGUUUGUGGUACCGUGAUGUGUGCAAACGAGGCGGCGUGAUGUAACUAGAAAGCUAUUGGAGUCCAGUUGUUUCACUUGAACGCCGCCAGGUGGGGCACCAAGGCAACUUGAGAGAACAAAGAAGCAGUGGCGUGGGUAGGAUUGAAUUUUCGUCUAACAGACGAUCCUGGAAGGUGGUUUGCAGCUGGUGCAGUAGACUAAUUUGUACCACGGAAUGGAGGAGAUGCGGUUUUGAAUCCCGCCGGCGCACAUGUUUCUUAUAUUUCAAGUUGUUUGCUGCGCUCAUCCAAAAAAUCGUGUGCAGGUUACUGUCCUUGCACGGUGGUACCGCGGUGUAUGCCUAUGAGGCGGCGUGGUGCAACAAGAAAGCGACUGCAGAUGCGAGUUCUUUCAUUUUACAAAAGCGUUGAUACCUUGAGUUUUCCUUUUCUUUUGUCGUUUUCAGUAGCAUUAAAAUGUCAGAGGCACGAACAGCUUGAUCAAUGAUUAUUGAUCCAUGAAUCUAAAAUACUUUGGGAUACUUGUGCACCUAAUUUAGGCGCUGUUGAAAACUAACAAUUUUUUCUAAAGGAAUGAGUGAACGAACUGUAAAGUGCUCCAAAAUCGUGCUGAGGUGCAGUGUUCCAAAGUUGGUUUUCCAGAAAUUACCAAGUCGUUUGUCUUAUUGCGUGUUGUUGUAACGAACAAGCAAAAAACAUGUAAGUGAAACGCCAAUCUAUGUACUCUACAUUGGGAUUCUAUGAACUGCCAAUAAAAAAUGUAUAUAUUACAAGUACAUAGUCAUGACAAUACGGCUUAUAAAUAUUUAAAAUAAAAAUCAUGGAAGUAUAUCAAUAGAAGAUAAAUGUUUUAUAAAAUUAGUUGUAUAUAUGGAUACCGCAAAACAUGUGAGAUGUCUUUUGAUAUUCGUCUCACUUGGAAAUCUUUUUAAUAAUUCCAAGAUGUGUAAUAUAUAAUGUCUGUCCAAUUUAUCACCAAACGCUAUUUCAAUGGGAUUAACGCGUUUCAUUUUUGAAUGAACUCUGAUGGUUUGAUGCACGGAUUCACUAUUUUGUCAAAUUUUGUGACAUAUUCUUGAGUUAACCUUGAUUUGAAAGAAUUUGCCAUUAAAGUACCUGGCACAAAAUUUAUGGAAAUCGGCCACCGGUUAAUUUGAAUGAAAAUUCGUAUAAUAAAAGUUCAUGUCGUGCUCAUCAAAUGUUCCAAUGGGCACCAAGCUCAGAAAUGAUUUCUAUUGGAGAUACAGUUUGGUCCUUACCUCCUGUGGUACGCCUGCAUCAUUUCAAGAAAACUUACUCAUUUUUAUUGUAGACUUAACGUAUAGACAUACUAUGAAAGAUAUUCGAAAACGGUUUGCACAGCAAGAUUAAAAUCUUAUAUUUGCGUAUUUCUAAAUUAUUUGGAGAUAUACAGGGCGUUGCACAACUUAGUGGCACAACAAAAAUUUUAAAUGAAAUUCCAUAUUUUAUAGAUAUUUGGAAAGACCUCUUGAAAACAAGAAGACUUAAAUCAUACACAGUAGAAUUUAGAUCCUCAUUUGUUUCGUUAUUUUCUCACUUGUCUGCCUCUUUGACUUCCGCCAUUUUGCGUAGCACUUCAUUGAAUUUUCGGAAAGGGAUGAAAAAGUAUUCCAAUUUAAUAGCCAGAUAGCUGUUCAAAUAACCGCUACAAACCUGGUAUCAAAAGGGAGCUUAUGAAACGGAAAACCUGUAGUAAAACAUAGAGAAAAUUCUUUCUAAGAUUUAAUAAAGAGAGCAAAGCCUUCAAAUCCUCGUUUUAAAUGAACAAUUUCUUCACGAAUUUUUUCAAGGUCAUCCUGAUUAUGUUCUGCAGUGUUUACAUCAAUGGACAAAUUCAUGGACUAUCUGACAAAACUCAGUGCUGCCAACUACAUAACAAAUUCUUGCUAGAAGAUUGUGGUUUUGAUUUUGAGGCGAAUCUUAUAAACUAAAACCAUAUUAUUGAAUCAUCUUGAAUUGAAAAUUCGUUCCAUAUAAUGGAAAGUAAAACAAGGUUGGCACCAUGGAAUUUGACGUCCAACUUGGCAAAAAUUCGAAGAAAUCCACGACGAACUUAGAGUUAUUUGACGUCAAAUUCCUGUUUUACACUUUUGAAAUUUGGCUAUGAACUCUUUUCAAGGCGUAAUCCGUAGACUUGUCACUGUAAAACGGGUAAAGAAUAUGCAUUUUUUCCAAACAAAUGCUAAAGUAACUAAACAAUGAUUAAAAUCCGACAGUAUUUUAUGUAAAUUUUCUUGUUUUCGAAGAGUUUUUUCAAAUAUCUAAUAUCUUCUAUAAAAAAAUAUAUUUUUUGUGCCACGGAAUUUUAUAUUAUAUUUCCAAAUAAUUUAGAGAUACACUCCCAUAGGCAUGGGGCCCGCAGGAAUUUGUCUCAGGAGGACCGAUCAUCGGCAAGAGAUAAUUUUUCGUGAAAGUGUACCUGCUCCCGAAACCUUUUGAAGAGCGGGGGGUUGCAAAUUUUCCCAGGGUAGGAGGACAGAAUCGUCAAAAUUUUACACUAAGUCAUACUAAAUUUUAUCUCCAACCGUAUUAAUCUUGCCGCGCAAAUCGUUUUCAAAAGUUUCUCUAUUAAACUGUUUCCGUUGGACACUCUGUAUAUAUUGUAUGUGUUCAUGUGACUUACAUUAUAUUUUUAAGUUCCUUGAGUAUAUUAAAGACGAGUUUUUGUAAAAUCAUACAGACAGACAGAGGCUAAGGCGCCAAACUUUAACACCCUGUAUCUCCAAUAGAAAGCAUUUCGGGGCUGUGCGCCCAUUGGAACAUUUGAUCAGGACAAUAUGAACUAUCAAUAUAAGAAAUUUUCUUCCAAAUUGGCCAUAACUUUUGUGACAUAUUCUUAUUUAACAAGGAAAACUUAAUUUGAAAGAAUUCGCCAUGAAAUUUGAACAGUAUUUAAUUAUCCAAUUUGACGGUUUUUGUUUGAAGUUACGUUGAUAUCGAGACGGAUCAGCAACAGGAACUCGAAAUUUGUCUAAUACUUUUCACAGGUAUGAGACAUAUUUCCUAGUAACUCUUGCUCAAUUUUUCUCGAUGUUCGAACUUGCUGUUGCAUUAUAAAACAGUUUCUUUCGUGAUACAGCAGCAAGACCUGUGACUCUGACAGUAGACUUAGCCACGGGCUCAGGCUAAGUUUGGUUUCACUGAAACUGGAAAUAUUCACCAAUACAAAUGUGACCAUAAAGUCUUGGUGAAAUUAUGCUUGUAAUUUUUAUCUCAUUACUCAUAUACUUUUGUUAUUUUUAUACCACUAAAGACGGAGGUUAUGUUGUAUGUGUACAGAGCUUGCUGGAAGUUAGAACCGAUGAAAUUUUAUAUCCAACCUAGUGCUUCUAAUUUCCCGCAUUGAUUCCAUUAUUGCAAUCGAGUAGAACUUAUAGAUAGUUCUUACUGUGUGUAUAUAUAUGUUAAUACAGUAUGAUAUGGCUUAUUAUAAAAGUUGUGUGAAU